AUGCUUCGCUACGGUUCGGGACGAACUGUUUCCACCACCACCACAACCACUACCACAGAGGACUCUCCAGAGUCUUCAAGUGAGGUAAGAAGUCUCAGACGUCAGGACACACAAACUUUCCCCUUUCCUUGCUCUCCUCUUUUCAUUUUUGCACAAACAGUCCUGGGCUUUUCCUCCCUUUUCUGUUUGUCAUGUGCAACUCUGUAACCACUUGUUUCUCAUCCGUGCAGGGAAAGCUUAAGAUCUUUAAGUCCCUGCUAACAUUUUCUGUCCACUGAUCGUGUGAAAGUUCAUGUUUGUCAGAGGAUGUGUUCACUCACAAGAGCACGUAAUAGGAGCUGAUUGUGCAGGAGGCAGGGCUGUCAUGUUUAUUUGAACAGCUCUCUGAUAAAACAGGCCUUUGUACUGAAACUUUAAACUUAUUCUCAUUGUUUUCUGCUGAAAAGUAAACAUACUAUGAUCCGGUAAAGUGGAUUUGUUUUGGAUUCAUUCCUGCACGUUAUUUUGAUAUCAUAUCAUCUAAUUGAAACCUUAAAAAGGGUGAAAUUGUGUUUUUUUUCUAUUACACCACCAGACAAAGCAGUCACUGUGGUGACAACAUUAUGAUGCAUGCCUCCACUUUGCAGUUUCACGGCAUUUACAUAAACUUUGUUUGCAGUUCUGUUGUCUAUAAAUAAACCCAUUGUGGUGGGGGGCUGUACAGGACUGUGGCAAGUAUUAGGUCUUUUUUUCCAAGCGUUAGUCUCAGCUAUGUUUCCAUGUCAGCUCUCCUACCUUUGCUCAUUGUGAUAUAAUGUAUUAAAUCAUUUGCGUGCAGACCAUCAUUUAUUUGCCUUUGUCUGUUUGUCUUUCUCAGAGGAGGAUCAGGCGCCUCAGGUUAACUCUACACGCCGGUGAUAAUGGAAACAAGGAGGCAAGAAGUGUUCGCUCAGACACAGUAAGUCCUAUAACUUCAUUGAAAUUCAUACAAUUAACUGUUCUAUAUCCUGCCUAUAAGUCUUCUUUGACAGCCUCAUUUAGAUAGGUGCAGGCUCAGUGAAUAGAGCUCAAUUAAGGCUAUUGAAUACAUUAAAUGUAAACCACACACAUACACACCAAAGCACGACAAAAAAACCUACAAUAACAAUUCAUGUAAAUAUAUACACACAGCCUUUAAGACGAAUGCCUUUGGAAGAUGGUGGAGCCACUGAGAUUUAUGCUUUUUAUCAUCUGGACCGGUUACACAAUCAUGACAGAAGGGUGUGUGUGUGUGUGUGUGUGUGUGUGUGUGUGUGUGUGUGUGUGAGAUAAUGCACGCACAGCUGGCUCACAUUUACUUCAAAGCUCAACUUUGACUCUGAACAUUUAAUCUACUCCAUACAAUAGGAAAAGACACUCACUGCACCAACAGUAUAGCUGAUACCCAAGACACCUGAGAGUUGAAACAGUACUGACUCUGACUCUGAUCAGAACAUAGUUAUUGUAACAGAAUUAGGUUUGCUUAUCGCAGAAUUACACUUUACAUUAAUGAUAUCUCUUGUAUGACUGUGGGUAGAGUAAACGCUGCAGGCUGUCUUAGUGUUUGCUGUUGGUGGCUUUUUGUUUGUGUUCAGGAUAUUUGGUCUGUGGUUUGACAGUGAGAAGAACUGAAUGUUACUUAUUGUUGGCACUGAGGAGGUUUUUGUCCCUGUUGCUGGCAAUGGAGUGCAGAAUCCUGACAGAAACAUGGUGGCGUGUUUUGUAUGAACCUUGGCCAAGCAGUAGAGUGUGUGUCCAUUUACCACACCUCCACACCGCACUGAUAGCAGCUGCUGCUGUAAUCUUUCCAUGUGUCUCUCUUUGGGAGGGUGUGACCAAAAGCAUUGGAUCUGAAGACAGCCGUGUCAAAAGUGAGAGGAAAGAAAUGCAUGAGUGCUCAUUGAAAAAGUGUACUUUGGUGUGUGAGCUGCACCCAUGCAAAAGUGGAGCUCUUUUCCAUUGAAUAGAUAUUAGCAUCUCUGCUAGCAGCUGCCUGAGGUAAAAAAAAAAUGCAUACAAAAGAAUAGUGAAAAAUUAUUGAAGAAGUACAAUUAUGUCAAUUCGCUUGAUCAGGUUCCUUGUAAAAAAAGAAGAAGUAAUAAAUGGGCUACCAGGACUGUUACAUGUACUUGGCUAGCAGUCUCAAAACAUCGCUGAACUGUUACUAUCAAAUGAAUUUAAUCUGCUCAAAAUGAAUGUUUUGUUAUUAUAGGGACUACAGUGUCAUUAGAUGCUACAAGGAAAAUUUGUUCGCUUUGUGGUGUGCUGUAUUAGUUGUGUCUGUGUCUACAAAUUUAGAGCUAAACUUAGCCGACUGUCAGCUAGUGGUAGCUAAACUGUGAAACCUGGGGGAUUAGCGGUGGUGGCGGGUCUCUAUUGGGCGUUAUUAAGCAACUCUAUAAAAAGUCUCAAUCUAAAGUUUAUGCCAACUCAGCAGCAUGCCAAAAUAACAGGUCAUGCUGUAUACUUUGCAUGGACACUGAUGCAUAGUGAAAAAAAAAGAUUGCAGGUUAUUAUCAGGGUUUAAAAAGCUACCCUCUGUCUAUGCUUUACCUGGUCUUCCUGCACUGAGCUCAUAGAUACGUACAGGUGUUAGUGAGAUUGCUGGGAAACGUAGCUGUUGUUAGAAAACAUUCAGUUCAAAUACCAGCAACGUGCUCAGCAUUAUGAUGUAACAGAUCCGAUCAGAUGUAGGUCAGUUUUCUUUGUCUGAACUAAUGUUUUUAUAGCUGCAGUGAAAGCGGCUAAAGGCUUCACUUUCAGUGAAUCAGGAAGAAAGGAAAUAGCAUCAACAUGAUUUGACAGAGAUAUUUUGUGUUCAAUAGAGUACUUUUUCAAACGGUGAGUCACCAUAAAUUAAGAAGGGGGUGUAUACUGCAACCCGACACAUCAUGGACACAAUCCAGCCAGUCACUCUGGCCUAGAUGACACACAAAGGACAUAGAUACCCAUAUAGAUGUACCUAAACCUCUGUCAUUGGAUUUCAUUUCUGAAGGGGUUAAAAGUUCACUUUGAACGUGAUUCAGCUGAACAAGCGGCAUGAGAGGUCCUUUGUGUCAAAAAUUGGAGAACAACUUUCAUGUUUGUGUUGGUAAAAGGGAGGUAAUGCAAUCAGUCCAGUCCUUCACAAUGCAGUCACGUUAUACUGCAAAGCACUCAUGAGCAACGAAAACCAUCCAGCAGCAUCUGAAAGUUUGUAAAAUAGAUGUCUGUUAAGAGGUCGUUUUCUUUUCUUCUUCCCCUUCCAUAAAUCAUUGUUUGUUCUGCAAAAAGCAGGUAGAUAUUAACCCCAAGUGUACUCCACCAUGGAUAUAAAAUUCAAAACAGCUCAUACAGCAUUGUUAUUGUGAGCCUAUGGGAGGAGGAGGCUGCUGUGUUGUUAAAAACAUAAUGAUGGCUUUUCUUCCCUCCCAUCUGUUGGAAUUCACAUCCGCCUAUUAGCAGCGGCCCUUCGCUGUUUCUCAACAGCACGUCCUCUGUAGAUGAAAUGGUGAAGAAAUGUGAGGCUCAGCUCUGUCCAUGAGACAACACAGACGUCUUUGUUCAGGCUGCUCCUCACUCUUAUCUAUGUGAGAGGCCCAGACUGAUGGAUCUUUCUCUACUGUGUAACAUGUACUAACUUCAUCUUUAUUAUGUAUGUAUGUAUGUAUGUAUGUAUGUAUGUAUGUAUGUAUGUAUGUAUGUAUGUAUGUAUGUAUGUAUGUAUGUAUGUAUGUAUGUAUCUAUGUAUCUAUCUAUCUAAAUAUAUUUAUAAUGCAUUAUAAUCACGUUAUAGCACUGUAUGACUAUAGUUAUUAACACUCAUAAAUGAUUAUAAUGCUUUAUAGCAAUAAUCAUAACACAUUAUUAAGCAUUUUAUUAUAAGUUACAAGGUCAGGUAUUAUGAUUAGUAUAAAAUAAAAGUACAAAAUAAAAAAAUUCAGUAUCACAAAGAUACAUUAAGGGCAGAAGCUAGCAAGAACAUAAAUAAAAAGCAAAACUAUCUUUCUUAGCCUGCAUUUUAUGUCUUCCUGAAGAUCUCUUUUCUUUGUGUAAGCAGGAACAAUGACAGACCUGAGAGCAUUGUUACACAAGAGUCUUUGCUAAUUAGAGGGUUUCCACGUUGUGAAAUGUUGACAUGAAUUGAUAACCCAAACUUAAAACAGUCUUGAACUCUUUGAGGUCAACAAUCAAGUGGAGUGACGUCAGACUUCCUAAACAGCAGUCUUGAUUAUUUGUUGUUGUUUUUUUCUUCCUGUAGGCUGAGACUGAGAAGGACGUCAGCGCUGCCUGGAAGAAGAAAAAUGGGAUGAUCCAAAGAGAGAGGCCAGCAGGCAGGGAGUCACCUCAGCCGGUAACAUUCACAUCUAUGACAUGAGUUAUAGGCAUGACACAACAGGGAUAUACAGCCACUGCUUCACAAGCAUCACAGGCUUGAUAAGUAUAAGAAGCUUCCUUUGCAGAACCCUGCUGUGCAUGCACCAUCAGACUGUCAUUUAUGAUGUACUGUAUGCAAGGAUAUCCAACAUUAAAGGAUGGUGCAGGGCAGUGACAAGUUUUCUGGAGCCUCAACUACAACUGCUUAUUUAUAACUUUGCACAGAUUAUUAUUUUAGCACCUUAUCUAUGCAUUAGUUGGAUCCUUAAUGAAUAAAUUCUUUGAAAUAUACAAACCAAACAUUUACCUCUUGUACCACAGCUCUAAAAUAUUUAGAGAAAUUGAAUCUCUUAUCUGCAUCCAUGACUAUUAUUGUCAUUUGUUAUUUAGUUCUUGCAUUGUUUAAAGUGCUACCCUUCUUCGCUGCUGUUGUGCAUCUCUUUUCACUGGGUGCCCGCCUGCUAAAGAUACAAAAGACAGAAACGGCAGCAGCUCAUGUACUGGGUUGCAGAAACAUGACACCCUCAAUGCACCCUGCACUUUUUUUUUAGCCAUUUGUUCCCAGCCUCUUGUUUCCAGUGUUCAGCAGCAGCAGCAGCAGCAGGGGGGAAAGCAGUGCUGGAAAUUCCUGAUAAAGUGUUCAUAUGCAGUCGACUGCAUCCACACACAAACACAUGUGGCGCCUGAGAGCUGUGAAUUUUAAAUCCAGGACAUAGAUACACAGUGGGAGUGUAAGUCAGUCUGGAUGCAGGUUGGCUACAGUAACCUGACCGGAGUUGAUCCUGUCUCCCUCAGCACCUUGGGGACAUGACCAAUGGGGCACCAGAGACCUCGCUGCAGCAUCAUGGAGCCAAAGUGUAUGGCAUUGUGCAGAGGACAGGCGCGGACAGACAGCAGGAGGUGAUGGCGCGCGAGUGGACGGUCAAUCAUCUUCAGGAUGAGAUGAGGUACAUCCGGGAGGUGAGUGCAAACCAUCACAACAUCAGCCAGGCCUUCAGGUCAGCACAUUAUUGUUUUUAGCAGGAUUUAGCAGAAUGUAUUGAAGGUGAUCUGCUCUUUACUCAGGUGAGAGAUUCUCUGGAGAAGGUGAGAGAGAGGAUGUACGGGCAGUUUGGAGGAAUGCAGCAAUCAAUGCAGAAGCUGUCACAGGAAAUCAGGGUAAUGAAUCAUAUCAAAGAUCCUUUUUCAAUCAGACUUUGAGGCUGUGAAUGAAUCUAAACAUGCUAUGUGACUCUGUAUGUGUCUUAAGGCUGCCAAUUCCCAUCGAAGGAGUCUGGAGUCAGAGGUCAGGAUCCGGACACAGGCCAUGGAGAGCUUUGAUCAGAUGAACAGCUCGCUUAUAUCUGCUAACAUCGGCCUGCAGGUAACAAAUCAAUGUCAUUUAACCUACAAAGGCCUGGCUCAUGACAGCAGCACCUUUUCACAGGCUUGAUAAGUAAAAGAAGCUUCCUUUGCAGAAAUCUCUUCUGGAGAACUGUCAGAACAGAGUGGAUAAGAGGGAUGAGUUGAAGAAUUUACGAAGCACCUAUGAGAAAGCACAGGAGAAACUCAGAGACAAGGAGCAGGAGCUUCUUGCUGCACAGGCUGAGAACAAGACCUUAAGACAGCAGGUAACUUUUCCGAAUAAUUCCCUAUACGCACACUCUCACACAAACCUCCACCUUCAUGCAUUCAUAACUUUCCAAAAAUGGGGUUAAAGUUCCUGCUCUGACCUGGAAUGGUUUGAUGUAGUUCCCCUCUAUGGUGACAAACGAGGGCAGACAAACCGUGACGUUGAGUGUAAAUGCCACAAGUGAAUCAGUGCAAAUUCAAAAACACAUUAAAGAGUUCACAAUGAACCCAGCAACUGAAACACACUGCAAAUGAAAAACACUUUGAGUUAGCUUGAGUAUGUUUGAGGAAUGUUCAAGUGGACUGAGUUACUAAAAAACCUGAAAUUUAUCGAUUUCAGUUUUAUUCAUUAAUUCGAUCAGAGAGGCGUGAGGAGGAUAUCAGGCACAAUACUGCCCCCAUCUGUAGUGACCUGUGGGGGUGUUAAGUGUCAGCAGCCUAGGACACUUGGAGCCAAACCCUGAGGAUCUCACUCAUCUACAAAGUUCUGUUAGCUGUGCAGCUCCAGGCCCAUGUUUCCUAACGUAGACUCCAAGGCCGGUGGUGUUUGUGUUUUGUCUCCUGGCAUUGUUGACUUAAGCCACACAGGCAGCUCUGUGUGGACACUGCAUGGACACUCAUUGUGCAUGCACGUUCAUGUGUCCUGCUGAGCUUGAUCUUGUUCAGGGAAGGUACGAAAACUCUCAACCCAUAUUAAGUGUCUGCUCUUCCCUCCUGCCCCAUCAACAACAAAUCUGGCUUGGAGUACUUUGGUAGAAAUAGCUUGAUGUGCUGCACGUUUAUUUUGCAGUUGUUUCUGGUUUUGAGAGUUAAUGAUUUUGUUUCAUGUAUUGGCUGAGCUUUUGCUGUUAAAGCUGUUGUUUUGGCUUUUUUCUUCACCCUCCUCCAAAUGAAGCUCAUUUGGACUUUACUGGAUCAUCUGCCCUUGCUUGCCACGGUACCUCAAUUUCCUGCUGCCCAAAUUGGCCCAAAUUUUAGAGCAGUCAUCUGUCAUUCCAGGCUGUGUAACACACAAACAAAACAUAAAAGCACAAAUAAACCCCAGAUUGUAAGGAGUCACAACUUCCAAGUAAUACACAACAGUAGAGUAUCCCAUUGGUUGCAUUUGCAUCUUGUUAUCUGAUUAUCUUUGCUGGAUAUGGAUGAAUCAGCCCAGCAAAGGUUUCAUUGCUGCUGUGUUGUGAAUUGUCCAGGUGGAGUCUUCACAGGAGGCCAACACUCAGGCCCUGCGGGAGCUCUCAGCAAGGCUACAGCGCGAGUACGAGGAAAAGCUGCAGGAAGAACAGCGGAAACACAGGGAGGAAAUUGAAAACCUACAGGUCCGCAUUCUUUACUGUUGAGUAAUAAACUCUCUCAAAGCCUGUAGAAACUGGAACCCCUGUUCCAUUAGAUCAGGACUGAUUUGGGAUGAUUCUUCUUUUUUUUUUUUAAUUUCUGACAUAUUUUAUAAUAAUUAUGUCAAAUCAGGCAAAAUCACACACUGAUGAUGUUUUAUUAUUCCCUCAAAAACAGGCACAACUUGAUGAGUACAUCAGGAGACUUGAGGAGGCAGAGAGGAACAUCAAGAUUGCAGAGGCCAAGAUUGCUGAGAGAGACCAGAGGAUCGUUGAACUGGAGCGUUUGCUGGACUGUAUGGGAAAGGUAGGGCAACAAUUUAACACCAACAGGGAUCAUGUUUUUUACAAUUGCAGGAGAUGACAAAAUUAUUAAUAUGAAAUAAAAUAUUUUCAGGAAAAGAGUCAACUCAACCUAAAGCUGCGGGACUGUGAGCAGCGUAUUCGAUUGUUGGAGCUGACAGACCAGACUGAUGCUACAGCUGUCAAAAGGUAGAAAACGACGUUCAGAUCUGAGGUUUUUAUUCAACCACACAGUCUUCAUUUCUGAGUGUAGAUAACUAAUGUAAGUUGUGAAGGAACUUUAUCCUUGAUUUCCCCCAUUUCUGACAACUGAUCCAAAAAAAACAAUCUUUAGAGUUGAUAAUCAGUCCCUAGUUUGAAGUUUCUAAAGUUGAGAAUAGUUUUGAUGGAAAACCAGAUCAGGCGCCAACAACUCUGACGUACUCACUCCAAGAAGUCAGAGUUGUGUAACCCCUUCUCAAAUUAAAAACUCUAAUAGUGAGCUGCAUCUCUUUCUCCCUCUGAGAAUUUAUCCUUGUGUAUCUUACCUGGCUGCUGAUCUUUGGAUGAUGUCGGUACACAGAUUUUGUGUGAGUUUAACCCCUUACUGGUCAUUUUAGGUCCAAAGAGCUGCAAUCUGAGGCUGUGGAUCUGCGUGAGAGAAUCAAACACCUGAACGACAUGGUGUUCUGCCAGCAGAGGAAAGUCAAAGGAAUGAUCGAGGAGGUGAGUAUGGAAAGGGUCCAGCCGCACACAUCCAUGUCUUCUACUCUGUUUGUGUUUUGAUACUGGGUGUGGAGGAGAUGCAUAUGUCAGCUGAGACAGCCAAAGUUUAUUUACCAUCCAGAACAUAAAUGAGUACAGAGCACACAGGGUCCAUAAAACUUCAUACGACGUAGAGUGAAUACAGGGUGUGGUGUUGUCAUAGCUUAGAGGCUAAGAUCCAUACACAUGAUCUAGAGAUUAAAGGUUUAGUGAUUAAAGAGCAUCAUCAGAGAGUCUCCCCAGACUGUCUAACUCCACUUUUCCCACAGAAAAGAUCUUUUUUAAUGUUCUCCACCACCUUAACCAGAGGGAUUAUUCUUGUAAUGUUGCAUUAAAUGCUGAGUAUAUUAACUCAGGAAUGGUAUGACACUAAUGCUCCUAAAUAACAACACUCACAUGUUAUAGAAAUUCUGCUGUUAUUUAUAGAUUGCAAGAUAAUUCUUUGAUAACACCUUUUGAUAUCUGAAGAAUACAAAUGCCAACAAAAGGUCAAGUACAAGUUUAUGUCAAUAGCACCCCCUAUAGGACUCUUAAGAGACUUGGUGAGUCAUAUUGGAGGGAAAACAUUCACACUUGUCUCCAGCAAUAUGAUAAUUGUGUCAGAAUAAGAAUAACCUGCUUUACUGAUAAAUAGUCCCACCAUCACCAGAGACAUUGUCCCACUGGUUAAACAUAUUUAAGCAUAUUUCUAAAGUUAUUGUCUUAGAAAAGAUCAGCUGAACUUUGCCAAUGCAAAAUUUUUUAAAGUUUCUAGUAAGAAAAAAUAUCUGAGUAUCACAGGCAAAGACUUUCUUUUCAUGUCGUCUAUGUGAAGCUAGAACCAAAUUACUUUCUUAUUUCUGUAAAUGGCUUAAAGAAUGAGGUGAAUUAGAACUAGAAAAUAACAUACUUAUGCCAUCAUAAGAUCUGUGCUAAAGAAAUAUCUCUGUGUAAACAUGUUUAAUGGUAUUUAAUUGAGUAUUUUCUGUCUGAAUUUGUGAAGGUUGGCUCUCUGCGCUCCCAAGUGGCUCAGAAGGAUAUGUUCAUCUCUGAGCUCCUGGACAGAAUUGCGAUAGUGGAGUGUGAGGUAAGAUAAAUACUCAAGCUGUGUGCUGUUUGCUGCAUAUUUUGUUUUUGGUGCGGUGUGGUAAUCUAUUGCAUGGCUAUAGUUUAGAAUUCUGGGGUUGCUGAGUGCUGAAUAUCCUGAACUUUUGACAAUGUCUGUGUGGUUUCCAUGCACCUAUCAAAAAAAAAAACCUUGCACGUAUCUGAUCUGACAGUGUUGUUUCCUCUUUUCCUUUCUCUAGAAUAAUGAAUUAGAAGACAAGCUGAAGUAUUUUAUGUCCACACAGAAUAGGCCGAGAGAUGUUUUGGAAACCAGAGAGAUAGGAUUAGGCUGCAAUCUGCUCCCUAGGUAAGAUGCACUCUUGGGGACUAUAUUUUGCAGCUUUUUUUAUAUUUGAUGCUUUGUUGUGGAGGUGUUUCCUCACCCUGAUGUGUCAAUGUGCACCUGCAGACGUGAAGCAGAAAGGCUAGAUGUUGCACCUCCUUUUCAAAGUGAGCCAACUCAUCUCCAACCUUUCACACAUCAGUCACCUGCUUAUCCUCCUCCACCAAUGAAACUCCCAUCACUAAUUGAAGCUCCAUCUGAACCCUCAUCCCCUGCUCAUCCCUCAUCUCCUAACCAACCAUCACCACCAUUUCAACCUCCAUCUUUACCAGAUCCAUCCCCACCAUCUAAACCUCCAUCUCAAUCGAAACCAUCUCCACCACCUCCACUUCCAUCUCUAUCAGAUCCGUCACCACCAUUUAAAUCCCCAUAUCUAUCAAAACCAUCUCCAUCUCCAUCACCUCCACCUCUACCAGACCCAUCAUCACCACCUCCAUCUUCAACAUCCCCCACACAACCUUUACCUCCCUCUCUAUUUCAGUCCCCUCCAUCUCCUCUUCAACACCCAUCCCUCUUUCUGACAUCCCCCAUUCAACCCAGGACGUUCAGGUCUAACCCUCCGCCCAGCAGGCUAGAGUCCAGUUUACUGAGGUACACUCCUCUUGAAUACAGCCGUUAUCUGGAGUCCAACCCUUCAAUAACGAGUGUGAUGUUAUCCUCCGCCCGUCAAUCUGAGUCUGAGUCUCCUGAGAGUCCAGUUUGGUCCAGAGAUGAGGUGGAUGCAGACAUAAACACAGACACUCAAUCAAGUUCAGCAGGAUCCACUUUGUCCUCAUCCCUAUCUCGACCAAGAUCAAGAGUACCUCAGGUUACCUCACCGUUUAUGAAACUCAUGGAGAUUACAGCAAACAUAAACAUCGAUUGA